UGCAAGUUGCGGGUGAGCCGGUUUUCGCGAAUUUUAAGAACUGUGCAAUUUCGUAACAGUGACUAUUAUCUGCAAGAGGGCGCUUACUAGCAUAUGGUGAUAAAUUGUGCCGAAAUUGGUCGGAAUUCAAGAGCUAUCCCAUUGAACACUAUUUGCAAGCCCAACCUGUCACAGUAACAAUGGCUGGUGUGGACCAGCUGAAGAAGAAUGUAGAUCAAUAUUAUGACGAAAUGAAAUAUGAUCAGAUUGCUGAACAGUUGGAGCCAUACAAGGGCGGCGACGACGUCGGACUACUGUGGCGACUGGCGCGGGCCAACUACGAGCGCCAGAAGACGCUCGGCUCGGACGCUGCCCAGCUCCGGCUGCUGCAGGACACGCUGGCCACCGUGCAGCGAGCGCUGGCGCUGGACGCCACUGACCCCAACUGCCACAAGUGGAUGGCCAUCUAUCUGAACGCCAUCACCAAGCUGCAGGGCUCCAAGGCACAAAUUGACGCAGCCACCACCAUCAGGGAGCACAUGCUGAAGGCGUGCGAGUACGGUCCGGACGACGCCACGAACUGGCACCUGAUCGCCAUGUGGGAGUACAGCGUGGCCGACAUAUCGUGGGUGAUGCGCAAACUGGCCACGGUGGUGUACGGCGAGCCGCCCAGGGCCACCUUCCAGCAGGCGCUCGACAACUUCCUGAAGGCGGAUCAGCUGUCGGACGGUUUCAGACAGCUGAGUGCAGGGCGGGGUCUCGCCUGGCCAAUCAAGAGUCGCAAUCUCAUGAUGAUCGGCAAGUGUUACCAAAAACUGAAAGACAAGGAAAACGCAAUAAAGUACCUGAAGAUGGUUCGAGCCCUUGAAGCGAAGACCGCGGACGAUGAAGAGUCGAAGGAAGAAGCCAUUAGCAUGUUGAAGCAGAUGGGUAUAACCGACUGAAGAUUCGGAUGCAGAGCGACGAAAUCUGCAAGUGCCACAGCUUCACAUGUCCGAUGGCAGUAAAGCCGGAGCUGCAUAUCAGGAUAGUAAACUGGACUGAUCCGUCCAGUCCGGACAAUAUCAUUUUGGCCGUAUUCUGGUGGCGUGGGCGUGAGCGUGUGAGUGUGAGUGUGAGGAACCGUUGGACAGUGACAUUAGUAAUGAAUACCUCGUGGGGGGCCUCAUGCGGAUACAACGCUUUAAGCUGUACUCUUAAUCCACCGCAUAUUCAUCGCGCUUUGGGGACGUGGGGAAAUUUAUGCGGGCGAAGCGCUUUAAGCUGCGCUCUUAAUCCACCACAUAUUCAUUGUGCUGUGGGGACGUGGGGAACUUUAUGCGGGUGAAGCGCUUUAAGCUGCGCUCUUAAUCCACCACAUAUUCGUUGUGCUUUGGGGACGUGGGGAACUAUGCGGGUGAAACGCUUUAAGCUGCGCUCUUAAUCCACUACACAUUCAUUGUGCU